AUGAACAGAGUAGUGUCAAUGAUAUUUUCCUUACUUACACUCAGUAAAGCACUAACAAUUCAAGAAUUGCCGGAUAACCAUCCUAUGAAUGCACGUAUGAUGGGUCCACAGAACAGUGAGGCUGGUGUGAUGAUUAACCAUUUGCAGAAUAAGGUGAUGAGUGAUGCAAUGUAUGGUAAUAAGGGCGAUGACUGUGGUGCAAGAGAUAACCGGCUAUCGGAAGGUGUUUACAUCCCGCAAGCAGAUCCAGUGACUGAGCAUCUAGAGAGAAUUCAGAAGCAACAGCAAUGCUUGGUAGCCAAAGCUAAGACACAGAAAGCAAUUGAAGAUACAAUGAAGCGGGUUAUUAAAGAAACUACUAAGCAAGCUACUAAUGACUUCCAGAAGAACCUAGAAAAGAAGAAUUGCGUGAACAAACUCGAUCGAUCUAAUCACGAAUGCUUCGUGAAGGAUGUUCUGAAAGAUUUCUAUACUGCUAUUGUAUGGAAGGUAGCUGUUCACGACAAUGUUGCACAGUUGUGGUAUCAUGAUAAACUGGUUAUUAUGAUUAUAUUUGAAACGAUUGAUUAUAUUGUCAAACCUGAGGAGCAGGAAUGUUUCACAUUCUUCCCUACAUCCAAUGUUGCUGCAGAAGAGAAUGCACUUGGACAUGUUGUGAAUGUAAUUGGAAAGCCAGCCACGCCUAAGUCUGCCACUCAGGGCGAAUGUAGGCCAUGCACUGAUUUCCUGAAAAAGACGGUCGAAGGAACAGCAUCGAAGUGCACCAACAACUGUGAUCCAUCCAAUAUUCUAUUUUCAGGUUCCAACUUUAAGACCAAGAAAAGAAAUACUUCAACAGUGGCACCCAGUGAAGCAAGGAACAGAGGUGGUAAAGAGGAUUGA